CUGGUAGCUGCCCAGGCAUCCUCAGAGAAGGCACAGAACCCAAGAAGUUGGGUAGAAUUUCUUUGGUGAGUGAAGAUAUAAUGAUUCCAGAGAGGUCACUCCUUUUGUCCCUGCUGACAUUGAUGGUCCUGGGGCUGAGCCAUCAUUCCUUAGCUGAGUCCCAAGAAGAUAAGUUUAAGAGACAGCAUUUGGACUCAGGCACCAAAGGCAAUCCUGGGAAAAAAUACUGUGACCAGAUGAUGGCUAAACGGGGCAUGACAAAAAGGAAAUGCAAGCCAGUCAAUACCUUUUUGCAUGAAUCUUACCAGAACAUUGAGAAUAUUUGCCAUGAACCAAAUGUGCCAUGUGCAAACAAAAAUAUGCACAAUUGUCACAAGAGUAAUCACCCCAUGAAAAUCACUGAGUGCCACCUCUCAGGAGGUUCUAAGCCAGACAAAUGCAGAUGCCGGAUGAACAAUGUUAAAAAGAAUGUCACCGUGGCUUGUGUAGGGAAGACCUUGAAACCAGUACACCUUGAUCCUCCAAAAUAGGAUGGAGUCUUAAGGGAGCAAAGUGGAUGGAACCCUGAUUCAUUACUCAAUACCUGACAAAAUUAAUAAAAUUAUAUUCCUCUACUUCUGGCAUCUCUUGUCACUCAGCAUAUGUCUGUAACUACUCAUAUAUUUGGUACAUAGUUUGAGACUGGGAUUGGAUCCUGUAACAAGUGAAUCCCUCGAUUUUGCAGAGAUGUUGUGAUGGUGGAGUGUUUGGGGACAGAGGGAGAAUAUAAGAAUCCCAAAUGUUAACGGCUACAUUGAUAUUUUCAAUAAA